GGGGGGGGGGGCGGGGGUCCACAUAAAAAAGGCAGAGCUGGUCAAAUUAGAACUGCUUUCUUUCUUUCUGCUUGUCAAAAUUUCUUGGAUGACAAUGUCAACCAUUUUUUCAAGUUAAUCAUUUUUUUCUUUUACUUGACAGAUCUAGAAGGGCAUUUAAAAAACUUACUGACCCCUUAUUUAUCUUCAUCAUCAUGCUGACCCCUCAGAUGGUUAAGGCAUUUGUCAGAAAUUUUGAAAGUUAAAAUUAAUUUCUUGUAAUGUAAUGAAUAUUGUGGGAUGCAUGGGGGGGGGGUCAAUUUGUCAAAUUUUCUCAAGUAGCAGAAAAAAAACGAUGCCUGACAAAGAAAUGGUGACUUGUUAUUUCAUUUUGCGGACAAGAAAAGAAUUUGAAAGAAAAAAUAUAUUACAGGCUUGCAACUACAAUUGUCACUGAGCUUGAUCACCAAUAUGCUUUCAUUAGAUACUGGUCAUCGAUCUGCAUGUAUUUGGCAUUAAAAAACACACACAAAAAAGCCCCUCAAAAACGAAACCAAAUCAAACAGAUUCAGAUUUUAUAGUUCUCCCCCCUUCUUUCUCUUUCCUUGAUGGUUUUAAUGGCAACCAUAUAUCAUGACUAUUUUGCCAAUCAAAGCUGUAAAAAAUGAUAUAUAGUUUCUUUUUUUGUUCUCUCCUUCAGUUUGUUUCUUUUCUAUUCCCUUAUUUUUUUUUUCAUUUCUCUUUAUAUCUUCUAUGAAUUUUUUUCUCUCUUCUUUUCAUUUUUUUUUUUGUUUUAUCUAUUUCUGUUCUUUUUUGUUUCCUUUUCUUUCUAGCUUUCCUUUCCUUUUUUCCUUUCCUUUUAUUCCUUUUAUUCUUUUCCUUUCUUUCCUUUUCUUUUCUUUUUCUUUUUCUUUCCUUUUCUUCUCUUUGCUUCUCUUCUCUUUUCUCUUUUGCCUAUUUUAUUAUUAUUAAUUUCAGAAAAAUAGGGGCUAACUCAUAGAGAUAUAAUUAGUAUACAUCUCUAUGGGCUAACUCCAGUGACGACCUUGACUUUUCUCUCUGCGAAAUUCUGAAGAAAAUAGGUGACAUGGAUCGUGAGAUAGCCCAAAAGACAUGGGAAAUGUCUAAUAACGUUGAACUUGUUCAAAAUGUUGAUGAGAUUUACAAGUACGACAAGAAACAACAACACGAGAUACUGCAAGCAAAACCAUGGUCGAAAGACAACCAGUAUUUCAAGUAUAUCAAGAUCUCAGCCCUAGCACUGUUGAAGAUGGUAAUGCAUGCAAGAUCAGGAGGAACACUAGAGGUCAUGGGACUGCUCCUUGGAAAGGUUGAUGGUGAGACGAUGAUAGUAAUGGAUUGCUUCGCUCUUCCUGUUGAAGGCACAGAGACGAGAGUCAAUGCUCAGGCUGCUGCAUAUGAAUAUAUGGCUGCUUAUAUUGAGAAUGCCAAACAUGUUGGACGUUUAGAAAAUGCUAUAGGUUGGUAUCACAGUCAUCCUGGAUAUGGGUGCUGGCUAUCAGGUAUUGAUGUAGGAACACAGAUGUUAAAUCAACAGUUUCAAGAACCUUUUGUGGCCAUUGUGGUUGAUCCGGUCAGGACAAUAUCUGCAGGAAAGGUCAAUAUCGGUGCUUUCAGAACGUAUCCAAAGGGAUACAAACCACCUGAUGAUGGACCGUCAGAAUACCAGACCAUUCCACUCAACAAGAUAGAAGACUUUGGUGUCCAUUGCAAGCAGUAUUACAGUUUAGAGAUCUCAUACUUCAAAUCAGCUCUGGAUCGUAAGCUGCUAGAAUCACUCUGGAAUAAGUACUGGGUCAACACACUCAGCUCAUCAAGUUUACUUACAAAUGCUGACUAUACGAUAGGUCAAGUGUCAGAUCUUUCAGAGAAGCUUGAGAAUGCUGAGAGUCAGUUAGGGCGGGGUAGCUUCAUGCUUGCUGUUGAUCAUGAAAAGAAGGCUGAAGACAAACUAGGAAAAGCUACAAGAGAUAGCUGCAAGUCCACCAUAGAGGUCAUCCAUGGUCUCAUGUCACAGGUCAUCAAGAACAGAUUAUUCAACCAGGUCCACAAUCGCUGAGAAAUGAGGCAUUCUUGUUCAUUUGUAGGAAAUCAUAAUAUUUACACAGGACUUUAGGUUGUGAUGUUUGCUCAUUCAAAAUAGCCUCCAAGGAGGCCCUGUAACUCAAAGCUCUGUGAUUAAUGAUAGGAAGGAUAUCUGUGACUAAUUGUAUUGGUCAUUAUGUACAAUUGAUCACAGUGCUCAUUCAUAAAAGCAAAUGCUUAUCAAAUGUUACAGGAUGUAUUUUUACAAAAAUGUUUAUAAUUUACAGCCACCUUACGAUUGGCCUUACACCCAGUUUUGGAAUAAAAAAUUAUAACAGUUGAUGAGAAUAUUAAAUCGUAGAACAAACUAGAGCCCAAACUUCUGAAUUGUAGUAUGAAAAUUUAUUGUUAUUUCAUUAAUCUUCAUAGGUAUGAAUUCGAAUUCAAUUCAGAAUUGUAAUGACGUCAUAGCAGUCGUAACAUUAGCUAUGAUCUUAACCACUUUUAACCAUUUCUGCCAACUGAAUAUAUAUGCUACUAUUAAAAAAUUUGAUAUCAGAAUUCUGAUAUUUAUCCUUGAGGCCCCGAUAAGAUAUUUAUGUUUAUGUCAUAAAAAAUGUCAAAUUGAUGUUUCUUCCAAAAUCGGGUCGUAGGUCAGUCGUGAGGUGUGUGGUGGACUUUAGAUACUACUUUCCUGGUAACUUGUCUUGUGAUAAACUUGUUUUACUGCAAGACAGAGGUUUUGAGUACCCUAAAUCCUGAUCAAGUCAUACAAGUAUGACCGUGUACUCAGAUGCCUGUUAACAAGAAUUUCAUCUAUGGAGAUCAGAUUCAACUUGAGCUUUUUGGGAAUAAAAUGAUAGAUAAUCUGGGGCUCGUUUCAUAAAUAUUUUUUCUAACAAGUUAGAUCUGACAGCUUUCCUUGAUUUUGAUUGGCUGAGGAGCACAGUUCCUAUGGAAACUGUCGGGUAAAACAGGCUAUGUUUGAUAAAACAUCCGACAAGUCCUGGGCCCCGUCUUACAAAGAGUUACGAUUGAUCCAAUCGAUCGUAACUUUAUGGAAAUCCAUCAGUGUCAUAUUUUUUUCUACAGGAAAUUUGCAAAAUGUCCUUUGUAAACAAAAGAAAACACACCAAAUUGUCAAGAAAUCAAUGACUUAAUGGAUAUACACUCAUAUCUAGAACAAUUUUUGAACAAACAUGCAUUUCAUAUGUUGACUUUGCUGGCUUUCCAUAGUUGUGAUUGAUUGGAUCAAUCGCAACACUUUGUAAGACGGGCCCCUGCUGGUGAAGUGCUCCUCUGAUUUGACCCUUCAUCAUGUUUAAUUUAUCUCUCUUUCUUCUCUGGUCAUUACACAAGACCUGUCCAGUGGGGGGUAAAAGAUCUGGCUUUGGGGUAAAAGGACUCCAGAUCUUCGGCAGUGCAUGGCUCUGGUAGGAGGGGGCAUACCAGAUGGUUUUGCAUGUUUAAUUUAUCAAACAGCUUUAUAAAACAUCUCCAGCACUUGUAAAGUAUAAGAAAUAUCAAUUCAAGAAAUAUUAGCUGUUAUUAACUCUGUAUAACUAAUGCAUUUCAAAAGAGAACGUGUGUAAUAGAAAAAUAGCUCCCAUGAGACUUGUGUUGUACACGUCAGAGAGACAUAGAUCUAUAUCAUCACUUUAACUAUCAGUUUUCAAGUAGGAACAGCAAGAUAUACUCCUACUGCAGUAGAAAUGGUAUCAAGAUUUUCAGUAUGUUUUAUAUCUAAGCAUUUGAUACAUCAUUGGAAGUGAUGGUAAGGUCAAGGAUGAAAAGAAAUUACAAGUGUCUCUGAUAGAAGAUCAUACCUCUAAUGGCCUUUUGAAAUGCAAGUGUUUGAUGUCUGUAAAGGUAACUCGUGGAACUGCUCAGUAUUUUGGCAAGCUCAUUCAGUGAGGGUAAAUGUGUUCUCCAAUUGUACAGUAGGGAUCCUCUAAUAGAUCGCUGUGCUGUGAUGAUGGUCCUGAUAAAUCCAUGGAAAAAUGAUGAAGACUUCAAGAUAAUCCUCUACAAUCCAACUUCAGUAAUAAAUUCAUUUUUGUGAAAGGAGAACAUAAUAUUGAAAAUGAAGUGUUGAAAGAUAUUGCACAAAUAAAUUAUGGCUGAUUGAAAAAUGAGAACACUGAGACCAUGUAAAUGUCAAAUUAGCAACUUGGUAAGAAGAUUUCAAUAAGUGGUCAAGAAAUAUCUCCCAUCAAAAUAAAAUAUUUAGUAUGGAAUUUGUGAUAUUCUUCAAAGCACGGCUUUCUACAUGAGAAGGGUGUUAUAACAUUGAUAGUCUAUUGAUAUAUGUCUUUGUAAAAGUAAAAAUACCAACAUGAUCCUGACUAAAAUCGUUUUGUGUAUGGGAGCAAAGGAGUUGUCCAAUCAUAGGUUCAUGUACCUUGUCAAAAGUUAGAGCCGCGCCUUUUGCCUGGGAAUCCCGCAAGCGGCUAUCUCACUGUUCAUCAUAGACAAACAACAUUACGGAAUGCAGGAAAGUUACUAUGAAAAGACGCAUAGUGCCUUUACUGUGGAAUUCCUGCUAAAAGACCCAUCAGAAACGUUUGACAAGGUACCUUACUAUCAUAGUAACAUACCAAUCUGGUCAAUUAGAUAUCCCUAUCGGGGUAGUGUUGAAAAGUUCAUAUGAUUUUUUGAAUUGUUUUGUUUUCAAUUUAUUCAAAGUUCUACCAAUCUACUCUCCUGUUUUGUGAUUUGACUAUUUUCUGUUCAAACAACUUUGUAUUUGAUUUGGAUUCUUGUUCAUAAUGAUUUGGUCAAACAUUUCUAGCUGUUGAAAUGAAUCUGAAAAAAAAAUAUGUAUAACCCAUGUUGGAAAAUUUGUGUUUUUUAUCCUCAUUUGUAUUUCUUUUGUGAGUAUUCUUCUACUUUACAGGAAAAAUAGCAUGUUGACUCAAUCCUAUUUCUUAAAUCAAUAUAGAUAAAAUGUUAGUCAUAGAUUUAUUCACUAAACACUUAACCCUAAAAGGACUGGGCUAAUUGCGAUGUAUUGAGGAUGGGGGGGGGGGGGGCAUGAUGGUUAAUUUGUAGGUCUAUUUUCCUCACAAGUCUAUAUAAAUGAUGCAUUUUUUAUUUCACAUUGUUACUGCUAUAUACUAUUAAAGGGAUAUCCGAAUACAA